AUGCUGGGGAACGCUUUGAUUGUACUGGCUUUUGUGGUGGAUAAGGGCCUACGGAGCAGAACAACUUUUUUCCUCUUGAACUUGGCCAUUUCCGAUUUUUUAGUGGCUUCAAUUCCCAUUUUCCUAAGGGUGACUUACACCUCAGAUUACCUUGAUAUAAAGUUUGUUCUCAAACGCUGUAUUAGUCGUAUGCAUGUGUAA